ACAGUCGUAUUGGCGGUUGUUGGCGGAAAUGUUACAAAUCAAUAAAAGUUUGUUUUUAAGAAUUAUUUUUUAUUUCAAUGAAACACUUUAUAUUUAACAAAUCAAGGGCCCCUCAAAAAAUUUGCUACAGGCACCGCUCUAGCUCAAUCCAGCACUACUCUAUCCACAGCAUAUUAACGUUUAAAAUCAAGUGGAUAUUGACAGUUUUGUAUGAUAUGGCCGGCUUUUGACCGUUCGUUGUUGUACCAGGGCAUAUGUCACGUGUCCGGCGCCAGCGUCUGGUGCGAGUGUACCGCGGAGUGGACCGGCGAGCGAUGCCAGCGAAGAGCCUGCGUUGACGCCGACUGUACACAGCAACAUGACAACACGCCACCCGCACGUGACAAUAUACCAUCGGCACAUAACAAUACACCACCGGCACAUGACCAUACACCACCGGCACAUGACCAUACACCACCGGCACAUGACCAUACACCACCGGCACAUGACCAUACACCACCGGCACAUGAUAACCAAUCACAUAAACACACGGAAGUGUCGGACAACAGAAGCAAAAACCUCGGCGGCGACGACCAUGACUACUUGCCGCAUCGUGAGUAUUAUUUUAUUAUUAUAUCCGACCCGACUCUAUUACUCUAUUCAACAUUCAGUAAAUCGUUAAAAUGUUUCCUAUAUAGUUUUAUUAACAAUUUACCCACAAAUGACGUCAUGCACUCUUAUUGGUGUUUCGUUUGAUGUGAGACACAGACUACAAAAAUUUAUUUAAAAAUGAUUAUUAUUUAACAAAUAUAUUUCACGAUUAAUCUUUAAAUUUUUUAUCCAUUUGCUGUCCGAUUCCCUUGUUAGAUUAGUUAUUCUAUUGUAAGACUUUCUUUAAGUUUUCGUAGCCUAGUCGGUAUUCCUAGCGAACUUUUUACUUCUUCACGCGAAAACGUCUUUCUGUACUCA